AUGGGCGCCAACAUUUCACACAGACGAAAGCGAGUGUCAUCAGUACAAUCAAAGAAAGAAAAAGAAUGCCCAUCGAUAACACAUAAAUCACCUACUACAUCAAAUUCAUCAGAUAGUGUCAUACUCAGUGGAAGAAAAUUUCAUAGUGACCCUAAUUCUGUUUACUGGUUACCAAGCGACGAAGAAGAGAUGGAUAGACUUGUUGGACAACACUUUGCCUUGAAAACACUAUUCGAGGGAAAUAUACCCCAAGUGGCCUUUAAAAUACUUGACUUUGAAAAAGGAGUAAAGAUUCUCGAUUUAGGAUGUGGGCCAGGCACGUGGAUUAUGGAUAUGGCCACAGAAUACCCCAACAGCGAGUUUGUCGGGAUAGACAUGUGCGAUGUAUUCCCAACGAAUAUCAGACCAGCCAAUGUUACCUUUCAAGUCUCGAAUGCAUUAGAGGGUUUACCCUUUGAAGACAACUCAUUUGAUAUAGUCAACUUCAGUUUAUUUAUUUUAGCAUUAAAGAAAGAUCAAUGGUUACCCCUCAUGAAAGAAAUUCGUCGUAUCCUGAGACCAGGUGGUCUCUUUCAUUCAAGAGAGGCUAGUAUGCUGCUUCUUGGAAAUCAGUUUGUACAAUGGGCGAGUCAAGUGUUUGAACAAAGGCUAAUAGAACGAAACCAAGAACCUGCUAUUUGUGAUAAAAUAAAGGACCUCAUGCAAGAAGCAGGGUUUGACAUUCUCUCUUGUGUAAAAAAGCAUACAUACCCAGCUCGUCCUGAUCAUUUGAGUCGCGAAUUUUUGUGGGACAUUAAACAUAUUUUUAAAGGAUGUCAACCCUUUUUACAAGAUCAUUUAGGAUUAACAAAUGAACAAUAUCCAGCAUUUUUACAACAACUAGUUACUGAAUGUCAAAAAUCACCAGAGCCUCGAUGGGAUAUGGUUUCGACUUUGGGUAGAAAAAGUACUUAG